UAAACACCGGGUGCCUAGAGGAGAAGAGAUGGAGCCCCAGCCCUGGUCCCCUUUCCCACCCUUCCUCCCCGCAAGGCUGUCUGAGAUGCCACCUUCCACCUAAACAUCAUCUCCCCAAUUUUAAUCCUUAACUUCGGUUCCUGACUUCUGCUUCAUCUCCAGCCACAUUUGCACAAAGGAACAUCACCUGUCCAUCCUGGAAUCUCUAAGGUUUUCUGCUUUCCUUCUGUCCCAAUGGCCAACUCUGCGAAGUCAGCUGAGAUGCCCACCAUCUCCAAAACCCUUAACCCUACUCCUGAUCCUCAUCAAGAAUCUCUGGACCCUAGGAUUACCAUUGCCUUAUUCGAAAUUGGAUCACUUUCCCCUUCCUCCUGGGGCUCUCUCCCUUCCCUAAAGAAUAGCAGCCAUCAAGUUACAGAACAACAGACUGCAGAGAAGUUUAACAGUCUCUUAAAAGAAAUUAAAGAUAUUCUUAAAAAUAUGGCAGGUUUUGAAGAGAAGUUCACAGAAGCAAAAGACCUUUUUGAGGAAACCAAUAUUUCUGAGGAUGUGUCAGCCCACAAAGAAAAUAUCAGAGGACUUGACAAAAUCAAUGAAAUGUUAUCAACAAACCUGCCUGUUAAUUUAGCCCCAGAAAAAGAAGAGAAUGAACAUAAACAGGAGAUGAUAUUGGAAAACCAGAACUCUGAGAACAUAGUACAAGUUUUUGCAAGAGAUUUGGUAAAUCGUUUAGAAGAAAAAAAAGUCCUUAACAAAACUCAACAAAGUCAGGAAAAAGCAAAAAACAGACUCCUUAAUGUUCAAGAAGAAACUAUGAAAAUUAGGAACAACAUGGAGCAAUUACUACAGGAAGCAGAACACUGGAGUAAACAACAUACUGAGCUCAGUGAACUGAUAAAAUCCUAUCAGAAAUCUCAGAAAGACGUAAGUGAAACUCUCAGAAAUAAUGGAGUCGAUUUCCAAACCCAGCCAAAUAAUGAAGUGUCAGCUAAGCAUGAGCUGGAGGAACAGGUGAAGAAACUGAGCCAUGACACCUAUUCAUUGCAGUUGAUGGCAGCUUUGCUAGAGAAUGAAUGCCAAAUCUUACAGCAGAAAGUAGAAAUUCUCAAGGAACUCCAUCAUCAGAAACAGGGAACUCUGCAAGGGAAGCCAAUUCAAAUAAACUGUAAACAGGACAAGAAAAAUCAGAAGCCAUCAGAAGCAAAGAAAGUAGAAAUGUAUAAGCAGAACAAGCAAGAAAUGAAGGGUACGUUUCGUAAAAAAGACAGAUCCUGUAGAAGCCUGGAUGUUUGUCUUAAUAAGAAAGCUUGCAAUAACCAGUUCAAUAUUCAUGUUGCAAGAAAAGCUCUUAGGGGAAAAAUGAGGUCAACUAGCAGCCUAAGAUAGAAAAUACCAAAAGCAGGCAAAAAGGUGAAUCCUUAAAAAACUACAUCUG